AUGGUUGUCUUUGACGGUCACGAAUACCUCACCGAGGAGGAGAAGCGCCUUAGGGAAGACAGGAAACGCGAGAAGUACUGGAAGAAAUGGGGUCCCUAUGUCGCUGAGCGCCAAUGGGCCACCGUGCGAGAGGACUACAGUCCCGACGGAGACGCGUGGAGUCACUUUACCCACGACGACGCCCGAUCCCGAGCCUACAGAUGGGGUGAGGAUGGAAUUGCAGGCGUUUCUGACACCCAUGGCCUCCAGAACCUUGGCUUUGCGUUCUGGAACGAGGAAGACCCUGGUCGUUUGUCAACUGCUGACCAUGCGAAAAGUGACUUCCUUAAGGAAAGAUUGUUUGGUCUUUCGAACCCGCAGGGCAAUCACGGCGAGAGUAUCAAGGAAGCCCACUUCCACGUCGACAACACACCCGUAAGUAGCUUCAACUCGCACUCACAUCUGCUGUCUGGUUGCUAA